CUAAGCUUUCCAUCCUCACAUUGCCCGGACUUUGCCACGAUGUCUCUUACCACGUCCUCCUCCCUCCCCUCCAAAUCCCUCCUGUUCGACCGCCGUCACCACCACCACCACCGUCGCAGCCGCCUUUUCUUCCCUGUUUCUCCUAAACCCUCCAUCUCGGCAAUUCACUCAGCUGACCCCACCAAGCCCCAACUCUCUACCACCCCAUCGCUCCCCACCACAUGGACUCUCGAUAGUUGGAAAUCCAAGCAAGCCCUCCAGCUCCCUGAUUACCCUGACAAAGAAGCCCUGGAAUCUGUUCUUCAGACGCUCUCCACCUUUCCUCCAAUCGUCUUCGCCGGCGAGGCCCGGAAACUCGAAGACAGACUCGGCCAGGCGGCUUUCGGCAACGCCUUCUUGCUUCAGGGUGGUGACUGCGCUGAAAGCUUCAAGGAAUUCAAUGCCAACAACAUUCGUGACACAUUCCGCGUGCUUCUCCAGAUGGGUGUCGUCCUUAUGUUCGGCGGACAAAUGCCUGUCAUCAAGGUGGGGAGAAUGGCUGGUCAAUUUGCAAAGCCAAGAUCUGGCUCAUUCGAGGAGAAGGAUGGGGUGAAGUUGCCUAGUUACAGAGGUGAUAAUGUGAAUGGUGAUGCGUUUGAUGCAGAAUCAAGGGUUCCAGAUCCCCAAAGAAUGAUAAGGGCCUAUACCCAGUCUGUGGCCACUUUGAAUCUUCUAAGGGCUUUUGCCACUGGAGGUUAUGCAGCCAUGCAGAGAGUUUCCCAGUGGAAUCUAGAUUUUGCAAAGAACAGUGAGCAGGGUGAUAGGUACCGUGAACUUGGUCACCGAGUUGAUGAAGCAUUGGGUUUCAUGGCUGCUGCUGGACUCGGUGUUGGCCAUCCAAUCAUGACAACAACAGAGUUCUGGACAUCUCAUGAGUGCCUUCUGUUGCCUUAUGAGCAGGCAUUCACUAGGGAGGAUUCAACUUCUGGGCUUUACUAUGAUUGCUCUGCUCACAUGCUUUGGGUUGGGGAACGCACCCGCCAACUUGAUUGUGCUCAUGUUGAGUUCUUGAGAGGGAUUUCUAAUCCCCUUGGUAUCAAGGUGAGUGACAAGAUGGAUCCUAAUGAACUAGUUAGACUCAUAGAUAUACUAAAUCCUCAGAACAAGCCCGGAAGAAUAACAGUGAUUGUAAGAAUGGGAGCUGAGAACAUGAGAGUGAAACUGCCACAUUUGAUAAGGGCAGUCCGCAGAGCAGGUCAAAUUGUUACCUGGGUUAGCGACCCCAUGCAUGGCAACACCAUCAAAGCUCCUUCUGGACUCAAAACACGUUCUUUUGAUGCGAUAAGGGCCGAGGUGAGAGCAUUCUUUGAUGUGCAUGAUCAAGAAGGUAGCUACCCUGGAGGAGUCCAUUUGGAGAUGACUGGGCAGAAUGUAACAGAAUGCUUGGGAGGCUCGCAAACUAUAACCUACGAUGAUCUGAGCUCACGGUAUCACACUCAUUGUGACCCACGGCUUAAUGCUUCUCAAUCUCUGGAGCUUGCCUUCAUUAUUGCUGAACGGUUACGGAAAAGAAGGCUUGCAUCGCGUCACCUGUCUCCAUCCGCGGGGUUCUACAACGCGUAAACUCCAAUCCCUCUGUUGAGGUUCACCUAUCUGAGCUGCUUAGCUCUUGGCAUGAUCUAGGUAAAUUAGACUCUGUAGUAGCACUAGUAUCUGAUAAAGUUCUGCAAGACCAUAAAGUUUCUAUAUUCCAGAACAGGCAAGUCUUAAUAAAUAAUCAAGCAAGUGAUGGCCUGAAACUUGCAUCUGUCUAUAUCUAGAGCUUAAUGCUCCUUAUUUAUGGUAAAUUAAAAGUUAGAUAAUUUUCUUCUAA